AUGAGGAAGUCAAGAAGGAGCAGAAGAGCUCGGAGUCCUGGCACGUUAUGGUUUUGUGGCGCGUGCGCAAACCAUCUGACAAUCGCUGUUUCAGCAGCGACAUUAGCCACAUGCGAAGAAGACAGCAGUCAGGCUGAGAAGGCCGCAAAGGCGCGAAAACGAAAAUCUCGAAUUGCCGCAACACUGGCAACUUGUGAGGAUGAUGGCACACAAGUUGAAAGAGCAACAAGGACGAGAAGGCGAACGAUGACUAGGCGAGGAGGAGCCCAAAUUGAUACACCUGAAUUUCGCAACGCAUUCAGAGAGUUUUGCCUACAAGUCAAUAGGGUACUGAACGGCUCUAUCCUACAAGAAACAUUUAUAGAUCUCGUAGCUAACUUUCAGACUGGAGUUCAAGGAUUGGUAACGGAAUUUUUGACGUUGAGGGCUCAAACGCAACCUAUCGGUACCAAGCGUAAGCUUGCAUUCGAUGCGAACCCUCAAAAAAAUAGAUACAAAGACGUCUACUGCGCUGACGAGUCCCGAGUUGUCCUCAGCUGGCCACCCGGUGCAAAUGAUUACAUCCAUGCCAACUGGAUAACAGGAAGUGAUGUUCCAAAAAAAUUCAUCUGCACGCAGGCAGGACAAUAUCACGCUUCCACG